GGUUUUUGACUUGUAACUGUUCAGUUAUUUGUUAGUUUUCCGUUGGCAUAUAUGUCAAAAUCCUGAAAUUGUAAAAAGAGAUCAGUGCGGUUUCUUGCGCUGUUCUGUUUUGUGCUUCUAUACGAGGACUCAUUUACUUUGUCAGUAUACUUUACAUCAAAUAUUGAUUUAAUCUUUUCAUUUCAACACGGAAAAUGACUUUUAGGUAUUCUAUACUGACAAUUUAGGUGUUCACAGUAGUAAUGUCGAAACGAGUUCAUAAGUUAUUAAAUAAUGACGUCACGUUCGUUUAAUCGAUUAGAAGAUUAAUCUCGCUAUUUUGGGGAAAACUUUUUCCGGUUUGGCUAAAUUUUGGGGAUAUUGCGAUAGAAAACUUUGGGGAAAUGAAAAAAGACAUACAAAGUUAAUCCAGGUCUGGGUAACAUUCACUAAAUAAAUGAAGUUUUACGUUUUCCCUAAUAUUUUCACGGAAUCUUAUAACACUGAUAUUUUCUACCGAAAUUUCUUCAAGGUUUAGGGAAAAAUACCAUAUUUCUCACGACGAAGGGAAAAAACUCGAAAUUUAACAAACGCUACCCAAAUCUUUCACAAGGUAGUGGUGUUGGGUCAUUUCUAAGUUUCUUUUACAAAUUUACUGCAGUUUCUUUUCUUGACGAAUUAAACUGAGUGCAACAAUCACCCGUCUUUGAUACUAGUAAAGUUACAUAUGUAGAAACUGUCUGUUCUCAACCAGUUAUCAAACAUGUAAUGUAAGUGUAUAUUAUAAAUUUAUAUCCCUUCGUCAUACUAAUUCCACAUGAAAUACUCCAAGAAAUAGACGAUUCUGUCAAUCAGUUAGUUUCAAGUCGAUUUGUAUAAAAGUAGGGUUACAAGUUACUUAUUGAAUGUACCAGAGGCAUAAAUGUCAACAUUGAAUUAAUAUAAUACUGAUGAUUGCUUGGUGUCAAGUUAAGGAGUCUCUGUACCUUUCCAUUCAUCAUACUACUUAUAUUUUUUCUUACAUGUAGUACUAAUUUGUUUAAACCCCUUUUGAUGUUAUCUGCUCUUCAAAUGGUUCUAGAUUGAAUAGAAACUUUCCCGUAAAGGGCUUCCGUAUCUGGUAGAAUUCGCAAAUGAUUCAAUAAACUAGCUUAUUUUUUGGUGGUUAGAAAGAAUGGUUUAUUAAAAUCAAUCUCCUGGCGUAUAUUUAAGCAGCUAAGUAUAUGUAACAAUAUAGUGUCCACAAAAUCUCACAUUUAGAAAUGUAGCUUGCUAGUGUUUACUUAAUAUCUUCAUUAUGACAAAUGUUCCGAGGUUUCUUCAAAAUCUUUCUUACAUUUGAGAUUCAGAAAUCAAAUGACUCAGCUUUGUUCAACUAGAUACUGGCAGGUCCAGGAAAUUAAAUAUUACGAACAUUAGAGUCAUAUGGAGCAGUACAGUAUUCUUGGUCGUAUUGGUGAAGGUGCUCAUGGAGUCGUUUUGAAAGCUAAGCAUAUUGAGAGUGGAGAACUUGUUGCGCUGAAAAAGGUUCCUUUGAGAAAACUAGCUGAUGGAAUUCCUAACACAGCACUUCGAGAAAUAAAGGCCCUCCAGUUUAUUGAGUCCAGUCCGUACGUUGUCCAUCUACGAGAAGUUUUCCCUCAUGGCACCGGUUUUGUUCUUGUCUUUGAGUACAUGGUUACGGAUCUUAGUGAGGUUAUUCGGAAUUCGGAACCUCCUCUUACUGAAGAACAGUCUAAAUGUUAUAUGCUAAUGAUACUAAGAGGAGUUGAAGUCAUGCAUGCUAAUGGAAUCAUGCACAGGGACCUUAAGCCUGCCAAUCUAUUGAUUAGUUCGGAGGGGGUCCUGAAAAUAGCUGACUUCGGUCUUGCAAGAGUUUUCGAGAAUAAUAAUGAGCGACUAUACAGUCAUCAGGUGGCUACAAGGUGGUAUCGAGCACCUGAAUUAUUAUACGGAGCUAAAAAAUACACAAAUAGUGUUGAUUUAUGGGCUAUCGGUUGUAUAUUUGGCGAAUUACUUAACAGUUCUCCAUUGUUCCCGGGAGAAAAUGAUAUUGAACAACUUUGGUUUGUUGUACGUGUUCUUGGGACUCCGAACGAAGAUAUAUGGCCCGAAGUUAAAGAACUACCUGAUUAUAACAAGAUAAGUUUUAACCUGUGCGAAACCAUCCCGUUUGAGGAAGUUCUUCCGGAUGCAUCAUUUGAAGCCGUUGCUCUUGUUAGUAAAUUUUUGGUGUACCCACCCCAUCAAAGAAUCACGGUAUCCGAAGCAUUGAAAGAUCCAUAUUUCACUACGGACCCACUGCCAGCUCAGCUUUCUGAACUCCCUGUGGUUACUCCGCAUCGUAAUACCCUGCCACAUCCCCAAGAAACUUAUGAAGUUUGUCUUACAACUCCUUUGGAGUCGAUUCUUUGUAAUCAUGACGUACUGAAGGAAGGUGUGAAAUUACUGGAUGAUGAAUUAACGAAUUCCUUUGACGGUCCAACAGGUGUUACUCGCAUGUGAUCAAACUAGAUAGUCGUUCCAUUUUGGUUAUUAAUAAUCCAAUGAACAGUUGUACCUCGUUUUUGUAGUACAUGUGACUGCGUUACUGAUGAUGAUUUCUCAUAAGAAUCAUUCAAUAACUUUCGAUUUUUUCUAAAAUUUCUUUAGACGUUUUUGUAAAUAUAAUUUAUUGUAUAUUUGAAGUAUA